CCGCGCGGGGCCCCUGAGGACCCGCGGGCUCUUCGGGGCGCGGCCCCCACGAGCGCCCUCCAGGCUCCCGGCGCGGCCAUGCCGCGGAGCCUGCGGAGCUGGCUGGGCGGCUGCCUCCUUAUGUCAGCGUUAGGAAUGGUGCCACCUCCUGAAAACGUCAGAAUGAAGUCAGUUAAUUUCAAGAACAUUCUACAGUGGGAGUUGCCUGCUUUUCCCAAAGGGAAUCUGACUUUCACAGCUCAGUACCACAGUUAUAAGAAAUUCCAAGAUAUGUGCAUGAGGACUGCCUUGACGGAAUGUGAUUUCUCAAGUCUUUCCAAGUAUGGUGAUCACACCUUGAGAGUCAGGGCUGAAUUUGCCGAUGAGCAUUCUGACUGGGUAAACAUCACCUUCUGUCCGUUGGAUGACACCAUGAUCGGACCACCUGAAAUGCAAGUAGAAGUACUUGCUAAUUCUUUACACAUGCGUUUCUUAGCCCCUAAAAUGGAGAAUGAGCCUGAAACAUGGACCAUGAGGAAUAUUUAUAACUCAUGGGUUUAUAACGUGCAAUAUUGGAAAAAUGGUUCUGAUGAAAAGUGGCCGAUGACCUGUCAGUAUGACUUUGAGGUCCUCAGAGAUCUUGAGCCAUGGACAACUUACUGUGUUCGAGUUCAAGGGUUUCUUCCUGAUCGGAACAAAACUGGGGAAUGGAGCCAGCCUGUGUGUGAGCAAACAGCCGACGACGAGACAGCCCCACCCUGGACUGUGGCCGUGGUCCUGGCAGUGUCCUUGUGCGCGGCCCUCUUGCUGCUUGGCUGCUCAGCCCUGCUGUGGUGUUUGUACAAGAAGACCAAACACGCCUUCUGCCCGGGGAACUGCCUGCCACAGCACCUGAAAGAGUUUUUAGGCCACCCUCAUCACAGUACGCUUCUGUUUUUCUCCUUCCCGCCCGCUGAUGAGAAUGAAAUCUUUGACAAACUGAGUGUCAUUACACAAGUCUCCGAAAACAGCAGGCAGAAUCCUGGCGAUGGCAGCACCCCCGGGGCCCCGUCUGGGCAGGGGUCCUCCGAACUGGUCCCCGAGGAGGGAGUGCACACCAAGAGGUACAGCACCCCCCUCCUUCUCUCGCCCACCUGUGAGGGUCAGCGGGAAACCACCUGAGCAAACCCCGCAUCUAAAACUCUCAGAUUCCAGGACAACAACUGAACAACCAAAGAACUAGAUUUUAAAGGCUCACUUGGAAAAAAAAAAAAAAAAAAAAAAACACUCCACGGCGGGAAUGUGUUGCUUUAUAAAGGCCUCAAUGAUUAAAAAAAAAAAAAU